UGAACACUGGAUUUAUUAUUUCAAACCCAGUGAAGGGUACGUGAACCUCGCACGCUUUUCUGAAACUUUGAACUUCUUUGAGCAAUGAAUUAGAUUGUUGUUCUCCACCGGUUUUUAGACUUUCCAACCAGCGCAAUGGAUCCUCUUUUCAACAUCACCGACAGCCCCACUAUCCCCACCAACUCCACCAACGGGACCGAGUACUGGAACCAGUUCGUGCAGCCCGCGUGGAGGAUCGCGCUGUGGGCCAUGGCGUACAGCUCCAUAGUAAUCGUGUCCGUGGUGGGCAACGUUACGGUGAUCUGGAUUAUUAUGGCUCACAAACGCAUGAGGACUGUGACCAAUUAUUUCCUCCUCAACCUGGCGUUCGCGGAAGCCUCCAUGUCCGCUUUUAACACCGUCAUCAACUUCACCUACGCCGUGCACAACGAGUGGUACUUCGGCCUGAUUUACUGCCGCUUCCACAACUUCUUCCCCGUGGCCGCGGUGUUCGCGAGCAUUUACUCCAUGACGGCCAUCGCGCUGGACAGGUACAUGGCCAUCAUCCACCCCCUGCAGCAGCGCAUGUCCUCCACGGAGACCAAGGUGGUGGUGGGGGUGAUCUGGGUCCUCGCUCUGCUGCUGGCCCUCCCUCAGUAUUACUACUCUAACACGGACCAGCUGCCCGACCGCGUGGUCUGCUACAUCGACUGGCCCGAGUACAGCCUGCUCGACUUCAAGAAGAUGUACUACGUGUGUGUGGCCAUCCUGAUCUACUUCCUGCCUCUGCUGGUGAUGGGAUGUGCUUAUCUGGUGGUGGGACUCACUCUCUGGGCCAGUGAAAUCCCCGGAGACUCUUCUGACCGCUACAAGGAGCAGCUGACCGCCAAACGCAAGGUGGUGAAGAUGAUGAUCACGGUGGUUUGUACGUUUGCCUUCUGCUGGCUGCCGUACCACGUCUACUUCCUGCUGCACCAGUUCUUUCCGGACAUGUUUGAGGAAAGGUUUAUCCAGCAGGUGUACCUGGGCAUCAUGUGGCUGGCCAUGAGCUCCACCAUGUACAACCCCAUCAUCUACUGCUGCCUCAAUGACAGGUUUCGCGCUGGUUUCAAACAGGCUUUCCGCUUCUGCCCCUGCGUCCCUCGAGGAUCUUACGAAGGUCUGGAGAUGAAGUCCACUCGCUAUCUUCAGACCCAAACCAGUGUUUAUAAAGCCAGCCGGAUGGAGACCACCGUGUCCACCGUCCUGCAGGUGGGAGGAGAGGACAAAAGUACACACAUCCUUUACUCAAGUAGAAACCAGCCAGGAGGGAGUUGCAUCGGUGCCAGCUCCUCUCUGGAUCUCACCUCCAACGGCUCGUCCUCUCGGAGCGUCUCUAAAACGGUCUCAGAGACGUCCAGUUUCUACUCCAGCAACAACCUGCAGGAAUAAAAACCUCAAACACGGCAGGAAGAGAGCGAGUUGAUGUUCACAUAGCUGCGUUUUCGCAUGUGUGUAGUCAUACAAAAGAACGGUGUGAAUGUUCUGAUGAAUAUAUUUCCAGUGUGGAGCCAGUGACACGAAGUCCCUUUCCUUACCCACAAUGCCCCUGUAUAAAGUAUUCAUGUUGCUCGAUGUUUGAUGAGAGGUAAUGACGAGCUCUUCUAGCCUCUAUGUUUGUCACCACAGCUCCUCUCCAUGCAGAGUGAAGGAUCACACACUCAGUCACACAUGCCGCGUGACUUCACAUAGUCUAUUUUCGAGUGGAGCUUCAACAUUACACCAGUAUGCUCCUUGUUCGUGUCGGAAAACUCUAACGAAGAAAAAACCUGGCUUUCACAGUUAGUCCCUCUCCGGAAGAAGCUAGGUAAUGAAGACAGAAAAACAUGUGUGUUAGAACGCUAACACACAACUCUCUGUCCGUCGUGAAGGAUUAGUGUGUUGCCGAAGGAGUGCUCUAAGGACCCUCUUUCAACAGUUCUGAUAAGUUUGAGCAAUCAUCCUAAUAAACACUUUGGCUUUCAUCUCGCUAAACGUCGACUUUAACUGCCAGGAGCAUCAUUCCUGAAAUGAUAAGAGGUGUGCUCCGAAUGCUGAAGAGUUUCCUGCAGAUCAAUUCAGUUUCACAGUCAUAUCCCUUCCCCCCUCAAGCUCCCCCCUAACUCUCACCACCCCCUUCAUAGGUCACAUGACACGGGGUUGUGGUCUGAACGCAGGGCACCUCCUCUGAAACUGUGAGAUGUUUCUGUAGCGCUCAUUAGCUGCUCUUCACUUCCACCUGGUAGGAGCAAGCCCUCUGUGUCUUAAAGGGGACAUGUUAUGCUCAUGUAUCUGGGCUUCUACUAGGACAUGAUACUCUCUGUGGGAAUAUAGCUGAUUUGAACCCAGUUGCCAGGUAACACAAUAUAUGUUUCAGCAAAACUACCAAUACAUUUAAGUGCAACUUACAAAACGUAUGUGUUUCAUAUCCGCCUUUUAUUUGGCUUUCAGACUCAAACAAUGCCUUGAGGUUUAAGAUAUGAUAGGAUUGGUUAGGUUUUAUAAAAAGAUAAUGGGUUGGCUUUUAAAUUAAGCAUUCAAACAUAGUGUCAUGUGACUCAGUGAAGUAGCUUUGCAUGGCAUUACAUUCUCGUUAAAAGCAAACUCAACUUAGUUUUCGGAUCAUACUGACAUCACUAACUCUCACGCUCCUAUUGGCUAGCGCUCCAACACAUUGUACGUUAUAGUCUAAGGGGCGGGACAUCUCUAAGCGGUUGACCAAUCACAACUGAGCCGGCCAGCUAACCAA